AUGCAUCAGGAUCAGUACUUUGAUGCGAAAUGCAGAGACAUGAGUUCACUUCAUGAGUCUCUUCGCUGCUUUGAAAAGGCCAUGCAUCGCACGAUGGGCGUUAUGAAUGAACUUCGCGAUGCCUUUGAAAGUGUAAGUCUUGCCUUUGAUUCCCUCACAUCUAUGCGAUUCUGUAAUGAGGAAACAAAAAUGAUGAUGAAACGAUUUACAGAAGAGAUGCGAAGACUUAAGGAUGGAAUGUAUUUUCUCACUUACAAUAAAGCCGUUCAUUUAGAUGUGGUGGAUCCCGUCAAUCGUUUACAAUCAUCCCUUCAGACCGCAGAGAAACGAGCACAUGUUUGUAAAAAAGCCCUAGAAAAGUAUAAUUCUCUUCAUCAAGUGGUGGAAAAGAAGGAAGUACAAUACUCAAAAAAACAGAAAAGUUUGGAUGGAAGUAAAACAUAUAAAAAACGAGUGGCCUCAAGAGAUGCGGCACUAGGAACAUAUGAAAGGCAAAAGAAAGACUUUGAUGCUCAUUUUAAUUCUCUCAUGGAUCAGGCCUCUUCGGUUGCGGAUACAUCUAUGCGGCGGUAUAUUGGACUCAAUACGGGUUAUCUUCUUGCCGUCAUCUCAGCAUUGGAAAGAGCAGCACCUAAUCAGGAAGAAAGUGCAUUACGUCCAGCAAGAGAAUCAUCCUUAAGGAGUACAAAGUCUCCAGAAGCAAAUCCUUCUCUUAAUAAUAAUAAUACUCAUACUCAUAAUAAUACUAAUAAUAAUAAUAAUAAUAAUAAUAAUAAUAAUAAUAAACCAAAUGGACCUGCAGCUGGAAAUAAAGAAAUGAACACUUCUCACGAUAAAGGUGAAUCCCCACAGCGUGAUGUGGAUAGACACUCUGAGAGUAGUCAUGAUAGUGCCAGACCACCUAAUGUCUCUCACACGGCUAUUAAUAACAGUCGUUUGGGAGGUCCUUCAUUUCUUAGAGAAUGGGUGGCAUUUAGUGAUUCCAAUCCAGGGAGUGAGGAUAGGGAAGAGAAACGGCAAAAUAAAGAGGAUAAGAAUAGUGAAAACUCAGCAGACUUUGAAAGAAAACUGGAUGAGCGAUUAAAACGGGCGGAAAUAAAUGCAAGAAAAACCUUUUCACCUUCACAAGCCUCUUCGGCAGCAAAUAAGAAGAAUAAAAAGGUAAAGUUAUCCGGCUGCUGCUCAGGUGAUAAAACAAAAGAAAAGAAAUCAAGUGGGUGUAAGUGUUAG